CUCAAGACAUAACAUGUGAUAAUAAGAUUAUUGCAAAGCUUUCUAAAACUCCAAGUCAAGCCACUUCUCACCUUGUAGGAGUUCUUCGUGCACCACUUAGUGUGGAUAUAAUAAAUUGGGAGGCUUACACUGAUAUAAUUUAUGACAUUCCUUUUUCCUUUCCUAAUGCUCCCGCUGCUCCCGCUACUCCCGCUGCCCCUACUGUCACUGCCCCUGACAAGCCGGUUAAUUCAUUAGGUUCUAAUCAAUUCGAUCAAACUUAUAUAAGUUCUUUAGUCGGUAGAGCAAACAAAAAAGUUCAUGUUCUUGCAGCAGUUGGAAAUUACGGUAAUGGUACCGCAGCGUUGUGGACUGCUAUUAAGGGUGAUCAGAUAAGCUUCGUAGACCCAAUCGUAAAACAUAUUACUGAUAAUAAUGUAGAUGGAGUUGAUAUUGAAUAUCCACGAACCGAAUGUAAAUUUCCCGAUGGUGAUACUAAUGUUCCAGUUUUAUUUGGAAUGGUGUUACAAGAAUUAAGAACCAAACUUGGUACUGAUAAAAUUAUUACAGCAACUUUUGGACCAAAUGAUUAUAAAGAUGUUAAAUCAGCCAAUCAAGGAGCAAUCAUUAAUGCUGCAGUAAACUGGGUGAAUGUAAUUGGUUAUCGUUUAAACAUUGGACUAUAUCCUAAACAAGUAGAAGGUCCAACUUCACCAUUUAAAGAUAAUCCUCCCAAGAAUGGUGAUGCUCCUUCCCCCAAGGAUGAUCCUCCUACUACUAAUGACUUUAUAACUUUUAAAGAAGUGACUGACGGUUGGAAAACUACUAAUAUUUUUGCAAACAAACUUGUGAUGGGCGUUGAAUUUUCAGGAAUAGUUAGAAAAGUGAUUAGUGUUGCUCAAUGGGACAAAACUCAAAAUGUACAAAUUUCCACUGUACCUCUAACAUUUCCAAAUAGUGUAGAUAUUAUAGACAGUUGCGUUGACCUUAGUCAUAUGAAAUCUAUUUCAUGGACUAAUAUGAAACAAUAUAACAUACUUACAGGUGAUUGUGAAUCAAAAAAUACUGACUGGACAAGGAUAUUCGAUAAAGCUACCUUAUCAACAUAUGCCUAUAAUAAUGAUGGUACUUAUAUAUCAUAUGAAGAUCCAGAAUCUUUACUAAAUAAGGUUCUUUAUGUUAUGACCGGUAAUGAAAAUGGAGGUGCAAACCCUGCCCCACUUGGUGGAAUUAUGAUUUCAGAUGUAGCAGCAGAUCUCAAUGAUGAUUUGCUUUCUGUAAUAUAUCACAUUAGAAAUAAUAAUGGUAUACCAAAAAAACCACAAUCAACAAAUUCAGCUAGUCCCACCCCGAGUGAUACCUCGAGCUCGAGCGGAUGCGUAAUUGGUGUAGUCGUAGCAGGGAUCGCUGGAUUCUCAUUGUUCUGGUAUUUUGGGUAUAAAAAAAGACAAUCAAUGGCAUUAAACAAGUCUGUAAAUAAUAAUGAUUAUCAAAAUGUAUCUGUCCCUGUUUCAAUCAUAGACAAAGCUGUUCCAGAUACUCCAGUCAGUCGUGUUACUGCAUUGUAUGAUUUUGAAGGUAAAGAAACAACAGAUUUAAGUUUCAAAAAAGGAGAUAUUAUUGAGGUAAUAGAAAAAGGCGAUGGUGCAAAUGAUUGGUGGGUUGGUAAAAUUGGUAGUAAAAUAGGUGAAUUUCCCGGUAAUUAUGUUAGGGAAUAA